CUAUCUCUCUAUCUCCAUUUGUCUUUGUAGGACUCGUCGAUGCCCAUGGGCAGCUUCCUGGCGUGGGGGUCGACGUCCCUCCCCGUCCGCUGCUCCUUCUUGUGGCCCACUGCCUUGACGCCCUCUACCUUGACGCGCUUGUCCUUGACGUCAGUCUGAAUGACACCACACACACACAGAGAGAGAGAGAGGUGGGUGGACAUCAUCUGUGUGUGUCUGUCUGUGUGAUUUGUUUGUGUGUGUGUUGACGUGAUGUGUCGGUCACGUCAUUGACCUGGAAUUGCCUCCACGAGUCGACCCGCUGGUCCCUCAUUUCCUCCCACUUGCGCUUCUCCUUGCGCUUCUCUUCCUCCUCCUUCUCCAACUCAUCCUCUUGCUGAAUGACACACACAAAAGGCAGACAGACACACAGAGAGAGAGAGGGAAAGGCAUCAGCUCACGUGUUCCUCUGCAGCCGGCCCACCCGCUCCACGCACCUGUUUCUCCCGCAUCUCGUUGGCCUUGCGUGUCUUCUCUGCGUACGCCCUCCGCGCCUCGAAGGUCUUGAGCUUCUUCUCGCACAGAGCCGCCAGCUCCUCGUCAAAUGUCGACUCUUCCAGGGGAGGAUCACCAGCUGCCGUCAAUACCAAACACACAGCCCAUCUCUCUGUGUGCCGCUCGUGUGUCCGUGUGUUGGGUGUACCUACCGGCUUUCCGUCUUUUGUUUUCCUUAGCGCGUACUUUCUCGAGUUCUCUCCUUGCAUCGUCAAUGACGCCCUUGUACUUGGCCCUGUUCUCGGGCAUCUGCAGCUCCUCAUAGGCCUUGGACACAACUACGCACACACACACACACACACACACACAUGGUGAGAGGAUGGCCUCUCUCCCCCUCUCCCUCCAGUCACCUUGGAAGGCAUCGUGUGCCCUUUCAUGCUUGCACUUGUCCGGGUGGAUGAUCAGAGACAACUGCGGUGGACACACCACACGCAGGCAGUCACAGCAGAGAACACAAUCCGCCGGUGUGCGUCCAUGCGCCGUGUUUGUGCGCAUGUAUGUAUGUGGUUGUCUGCCUGUCUGUCUGUCUGCCGCACCUUCCUGUAUGCCUUCUUGAGGUCCUCUUCUGUGGCGUCGGGUGUCAGCUUGAAUAUCUCGAACGAGUUGGUGAAUAUCUUGGCCGUCAGCCGGAUCACCUCCUUCUGUGGCGACUCGUACGAGGGCGCCUUGGCCGCCGCCGACGCGUCGGGCUUCUUCUUGUCGCCCUCCUUGGGCAAAGACUCUAUCUCGCUCAGAAACGCAGCCAUGAUGUCGUCGUUGAUGUCGGUGUCCCCCAUGGUGCCUGCCGCAGCGUCGGAAAGGCGACUCUCCUUCGUUCCUUG